GAUAAGUCUAUCCGUUUAUGGGAUGUUAAGACAGGAUAAUAAAAAGCCUAAUUAGAUGGUCAUUCAUUAUAGGUUAAUUAAAUUUGUUACUCUCCUGAUGGUACUACAUUAGCAUCCUGUAGUUAAGAGGAUUCUAUCCGUUUAUGGGAUGUUAAGACAGGAUAAUAAAAAGCCUAAUUAGAUGGUCAUUCUAGGGCAGUUACUUCAAUUUGUUACUCUCCUGAUGGUACUACAUUAUCAUCUGGUAGUUGUGAUGACUCUAUCCGUUUAUGGGAUGUUAAGACAGGAUAAUAAAAAGCCAAAUUAAAAGGUCAUUCUAGGGCAGUUAUUUCAAUUUGUUACUCUCCUGAUGGUACUACAUUAUCAUCUGGUAGUGCAGAUAAGUCUAUCUGUUUAUGGGAUGGUAAGAUAGGAUAAUAAAAAGCCUAAUUAGAUGGUCAUUCAGAAAGAGUUAUUUCAAUUUGUUACUCUCCUGAUGGUAAUACAUUAGCAACUGGUAGUGCAGAUAAGUCUAUCCGUUUAUGGAAUGCUAAGACAGGAUAAUAAAAAGCCAAAUUAAAUGGUCAUUCGGCAAUUAAUUCAAUUUGUUACUCUCCUGAUGGUACUACAUUAGCAUCUGGUAGUGAUGAUAAGUCUAUCCGUUUAUGGGAUGUUAAGACAGGAUAAUAAAUAGCCAAAUUAGAUGGUCAUUCUUGGUUUGUUAAUUAAAUUUGUUACUCUCCUGAUGGUACUACAUUAGCAUCUCGUAGUUAUUUAGAGAACUCUAUCCGCUUAUGGGAUGUUAAGACAGGAUAAUAAAAAGCUUAAUUAGUUGGUCAUGAACAUGCUGUUUAUUCAAUUUGUUAUUCUCCUGAGGGUACUACAUUAGCAUCUAGUGGUGGUUUAGAGAAAUCUAUCCGUUUAUGGGAUGUUAAGACAGGAUAAUAAAAAGCCUAAUUAGAUGGUCAUUCAUUAAGAGUUAUUUCAAUUUGUUACUCUCCUGAUGGUAAUACGUUAGCAACUGGUAGUUCUACUAACCAUAUUCGUUUAUGGGAUGUUAAAACAGGAUAAUACAAAGCCAAAUUAAAUGGUCAUUCUAGUUAGAUUACUUCAAUUUGUUACUCUCCAGAUAAAUGGUCAUUCAUUAACAGUUAAUUCAAUUUAUUACUCUCCUGAUGGUACUACUUUAGCAUCUGGUAGUGAUGAUAAGUCUAUUCGUUUAUGGGAUGUUAAGACAGGAUAAUAAAUCUUAUCUUCAGAUAAUUGUUAUCAAGAUAUUGUAGCUUAAUUUUCAUCUCAAAACUUAAACAACAACUUAAUUCAAGAAAGUGGUAUUUAUUUUCUUCUUUAUAUAGUAAAUUCUCCUGUUAAUUACCUUGUCAUAUCAAAAAAGCUUGAAUUUCGAUCUUACGGAGCGUUAAUUUUGAAAGGAGAAUUUAUUAAUCAGUCUGGUAUAGACUUGAGGACAUUAUUUUAACAAAGAGGAAGCUUCAUUUUAGAGAACCAAAUUGGAUUAUAAAAACGAUGAAAAUUGAUUAAUAUUUAUA